AGAUGCGAAAAAAAAAUUAAAACCUGCAGCUUGAUUUAAAAAGAAAAAUGAGAGCAUACAAAAAGUAUUGAAAAUAUUAAAAAAAUAAACAAAAACAAAUGCCAAUGUUAAUUAAAAAUUACGCACGAGUUUAUAAUUGCAAAAAAAAAGUAUAAUAAAUAAAUAAAUAGACACAACACAUGUGGAAGUGCAAUGAGUGAUCGGUUCAAUCAGUUAGAAAUUUAUAAUAAGCAAAAAUGAGUGAAAUAUUUAACGCGCACACACACACAUAGGCAGCAGUUCGGUUUGUUGUUUUAAAAAAAAUAUAUAUUUUUUAAUAUUACCGUUAAUCAUAACAAUAGCAAAUCGUACAACAUUGUAAUAUGAAAAUUAUAAAUAAUAAAACCUAAAAAAGAAGAUAAUAAAAAAAAAAUCGCAACAAUAACGAACGAGUAUGCAUUUGUAAAACGAAUAAUCCGACUUGAAAUCCGCUUGAAAUACACAAGGAUAAUUGAAGGAUAACACUGUUGCUGUACAGUUUCGUUGUAAAUUAGCACGCGCUGCUCACCUUCGCUAUUUACUGCUUGGCAGCCGACAGUUCUCGGUGCGUAAUCUGCACAAUCUCCAGCAUACAGCAUUUAUCAGCAGGCCUAAGCAUCAACCUUCACAUCAACCUCAACCUCAACAGCAAGCUCAUCAGCAAUCUCAUCGUUCUUUGUCUGCUUGAGUUGUUGUUUAGCGCUUGAAUGCCGCGACGGUUGUGUUUUGUGUGAAACGCUUUUGUUUUCCACAUAUUUACAUAUAAAUACGUAGCGAGCAAGCAACACAAAAAAAAAAUGCUAUUGUACUUACUUGCCGCGAUUCGGUGUGAAUUUUGAGUGAAACAAAAAAGGCUUAUGCCGAACAACUACAACAACAAUUACAAUAAAAACAGCUACGGCGCAACAAUUGCAAUUGCGUAAGAAAUGCGUUGAGUGGGGAUUAGAAAAAGCUAUUUUCCGAAUCAGUUUGCCUACUUUCGUUUGUCAGUGAAGGCAGUUAUUCAAUGAAAACAUGUCUAUUUAGAAAUGGCAAAAAUUACACGACGUGCCGUUGCCUCGUCGUCGGUAGCAUCAACAACAUCAACAGACACUUCAAGGUCAUCUAGAGCAACGAGUUCUUCCACUUCAAAGGCUUCCAAAUCAACUGCUACGGCAAGCGCAACAAUAAAAACCACAACGAAUGCCAAUAACAUUAUCUAUGGCGGUAAGCCAGCACGUUUGGCCGCAACGGAUAUGUCGGACAAACUGGCAAUGCACUCAAUGCCACUCACUGCAUUUAAUGAAAAUCCUCCUCUACGCAGUAAUGGCACUAUACCCGAUAAACAGUUUACAACUAACGGGAAUAGCGCCUUACACGCCGUCACGAAUACAACGACUGGUACCGCUUCCGUAUUCGCCGGCACCAAUGGGCGACACAGAAUCUUCACGGGUAGUGGACGACACAAUAAAAGUCUGGCUGAGCGAAGAAUUGAACAGGAAGAAUUCUAUGCCACUUAUGACGUGAUGACUGGUGUACGCAUUGCCGCAACGCUAAGCGGCUUCUUCGGCUUAAUGGUGUUUCUUAUUGUUUGGAAGAGUCGCAGUAGUUCCAAUGAAACGUUGAAAGUGUUAAAGGAUCCCAAAAUGGCUGCUGUAGCUGCAGUUUGUAUGCAAGAGGAGGAGGAGCGUGAAAUUCAGGAGGCUAUGGUGGCAACUGGCAUGUCGAUAUACCCGGAUGAAUAUGAUGCAAUUCUCUAUCGACGACAACGAAUGUUAUCAUUGGGUAAUGUUAGCGCACCACCCAUGCUAAACCGAGGAUAUCGCUUCUCGUCAGUGGAUAUUCCUACUUUUGAAACUGCAGGUGGUGGUGGCUACAGCAGCCUGCUGGAGCCACCUAGACGUUUUUCCUAUUCGGCAACUUCUGGUGUAGGCAGCUUCACAGGCGGCCGUCGAAAAAGUGGCUCAGAGUCGUCACGUAUACUUAGUAACUAUCCUAUGGGCAGCAGUUUCGGCAAUGAUGAUUACUUUAUAGAAACCGAGGAUGAAUUGGAAUGCACCGACUAUCCACGUAGUGGGACACAUCUUGACGAACUGCCGGAUAUGCCACAACGCACUGAUUCAACGAAAAGUAAACGUGGAUUUCUAGAGGUACCACCAGCGGGACAAGAUUCGCGACGUAGCAGCGCAAUGACAUGUUGCAGUACUGAAAGCUCUUAUUUGGAGCGACGCUGUUCGGCGUUUACCUUAGGGCUGGGCAAUCUACCGCCGACACUUCAACGAAAACUAUCGACAACCUCACGCGCAUCGAGUACUGACAAUUGGGAUUACUAUUACCCCGAUAUACAGGUCAUACAACCAACACCGAAACCUUCACCUUGUCCAUCGGAGCGUAGUCUUUAUGAACAACUACAGGCGCAUGCCAAUGGUGCUUCCACCUCGAGCGCUAAGGGGACUGGCAAAGGCGUUGACGUACUGCCGGACAACUUACACGUAGCCACUAUCACAACACAUAGUAAGACUGGCACAACCAAUACUGUGGUUACAGGUGAUACGAGAGGCGCUAGUACACCAACAGAUGCGCAGAAAUUUGUGCGUAAGCACAGUAUAGCCUAUUAUGACCCGGAAAGUGCACAGGCAGGUCGUAAACAAGAAAUACACUCGAUAAGCGCCGACACGGUGGACAUCUAUCCUUAUAAUCAAACCCAUUAUGAAACGCGUGGUACGAUUGGUUCCAGUGAUGCUGCUAGUACCGCACACAAGUCUACACUGCAAUCUGUGCCGACAACAAGCGCUCAGUACGGAUUCCAUUACACCGAUUCGCCGACGGAAGAUUCCCGUGGUAGUCUGCGCGGCAAGGUCACGGUAGUUGAACUGCAACGUCGCACCUAUCCAACAGAACAGAUGACGCCGCCGCCCAUACAAGAGCACAAUAAUAAUAAUUUUUCAUACUCCAGUACCGCUGCUGCCAUAGCGGCUGCUGCAGUUGUUACCGCCAACUCCAGUAGCAUCAGCAUCGAUAGCACGCCCAUAAGUUUGGAUAGACUGAAUGGCAGCGGCAGUCUGGGUACCAUAUCAGCAAAAGCACUUUUCAAUGUAGAGAAGCGAGCACCGCUCGCCUCGCUUAGUUCCUUUAAAAUCUCGUCAUUGGAGUAUCAAGACUCGGAGGCGCGUUCCGUUGACGAGGACUCAGUAUUCCUGGAUAGUGUUGCCGACACCGAUGAGGAUAUGCAACAGCUGAGUAGUGACAGUGAUGAGGUCAGCUUCGGUGAACAUGAUCCUACUAGUAUGCGUGAGAACGUAGCGCUUGUCGUAACACAAGAUUCCGUCGGCAGCAACAAUGCCGAGGCAAGGGCAACAGUGCAUACGCGACCGCAGCCACUCAAGUAUCCCAUCGAAAAGCGUUAUAGUCUGGGCGCUGCUUGCAAUGCCGGUGUCGCUGGCACCAAACUCUCACGCGCACGACGUCCACUGCUGCAACGCCAUCGCACAAUCAGCGUUUCUUCCAGUGAUCGUGUAGCUUUAAUCGGCCAUCAGCUCAAAGAGUUUCAACACACUGGCAGCGGUAGCCAUACACCAACCACCAUCGCUGAAUCGGUGCCACUGGAGACGCAUUUCGGUUCGAUUAUUUGCACCAGUAAUUCACCCACACAUCCGCGACGCGCACAAUUACUGCAACAGUAUAGCGAUCCGCAAAGUCUGCCGACUACCACCACAACUACAGCCACAACGGAGGAGGACACCUGCUCUACUUUGAAUACGGAACUAUGCGGUGGUAAUGCUGGCGGACAGGGACCGAGCGGUAGUGGUAGUGGCGGUACCGGCGGUGGCGGUGGCUCAGCGACACUAACACAAAACAGCAGCUUAAAUACGGUCGUUAGUUUUGGCCGCUCGAGUCCGCUCACGGACAAUAACAAAAAGAGCUGUAGCCUUAGUGCUGGCACAAGCGCUAACGCAAACCAGCUCUAUAUUACAGAAAAACAAAAGGCUUCGAAAAAUCAAACGAACAAAACACAACCACAACUGCCAUGCUCCAGACUCUAUGAUGACCCUUGUGCCUCCUCGGUCUCCGACUCGUUGAUCAUCACUUCAACAACGCGACAGCCAAUAAUUUGUAUGCCAGCAUCGCUGAAAAACCUCAUCCUACGCGGUUCCGGUGCCGGAACCAGCACUACUACAACAAUCGCAGAUAAGUCAGUCGACUCGCCCAACCUGUUGGUCAGCCGAAGUGCUACUAAUUUGAGCGCGUCGAAUACAAAUGCGCGCGAUAGUGAAGAUCGGUCCAGUCGUUCGGUUAUGCUGGAACUGCCUCUAAUAAAGUUACCUACCGAUGAGAGCUCGGAAAGUUCGUCAGCGUCGGAGGGGAAUGCACAACGUGCACAAAGUAAAAGCGAAGGUUCACGCGAACCCAGUUUGACAAGAAAUAGUCGAAAAUGGUCAAAGGAAACACUGUUCUAGCUAGGAACCAAAGCAAGACGCACCAGCUACAAAAUGGGUUGAACACACAGCGUUCAACAAGUUUAGGAAUAUGUUACUCACAGUAGCUGAAGAGUUACAAAAAGCAAAGAGGUUAAUAAAGCAGCGCAGGUGUGGUGUAAAAUAGUAUAGAAGAAAGACUGCAGUUUGGAUAGUGCAAAGCAUCGUUGCAUCCACGUUGAGCUCUUCGACUGCCCCGCUAAGGAAUUGCAUUUGCUGUUGUGUGACACAAAGUUGGCACAAUAACUUUUUACAGGAGCUUAGUAUGUAUCAGAUUUUGCAAAAAACCAAAAAACUAAGAAACUCAAAAAAACGAAAAAACAACUAAUGAACUAUAAUUGUAAACUAAGAGAUUUAGCAUACAAAUUAUGUAAAUGAAAAUAUUUUUAUUUAUAAGUGAAAAAUACAAAUCACAACACGGAAACGGGUGAACUUAAAAGCAUUUCGUGCGUAAUUUAUGCGAUUCAAAUUGUUAUAUGUACGAGUAUUUGAUAGUAAAUAACUGCAUACAUACAUACAUUGUGAAAUUAUAAGAAGAAGAAAAAAACACUUUCAUCAAAAUAUAGAUAUUUAGUAAUUCAUAAGCUUUAAAAUUUACUUUAAAUUGAGGAGCGAAUUGAAACUCGGGCGAAUAGACUUCACACUAGGAAAUGGAAUAUUUAAUGAACUUGAAAUGGCCUUAACUUUCUUCCUAAGUUGCAUAUAAUAAAAAAUUUAAAUUACAGUGUGGAACAUAGAAUCACGAACACCUAUUUAAUUCUUUUAUUUUUGUAUGCAGUGUAAGAUUUUGUUUAGUAUGAAAAAUAAUUGAAGUGAAUAUUUUGUAUGAGAGCCACUUUGUUUUACGCCGCUUUGACUUACAUAUUUACUACCAACUAAUAAGAGGUUCUCAGCAAGUGCGGAUUGAAACGUUAUAUAUAAAACGACUACUGUAUUAUUUGUUUUAAAAUUUUCAGGGUAUACCUAUUUAUACAAAUUUUAAGAAUACACAAUAAUAUUUUUGAAGAAAAUAUAGAAAAAAUUUUAUAUUUUCGUGUUACACGCAAUCCCCGAAAGCGCUAACAAAAGGUCCUUCACUGCUGCUGUGAUUCCGAAAACAAGCUCUACUAGAAGAUAUUAAUCGUACAAAAUGGCGGCAUUUUAAAAUAGGUUGAAUUUUACUCAAUUUGGUCGUUUUGGCCGAAAUUCGAUUUUUUAUCUCAGAUCAAAAAACUGGUAGGUCAUUGUAUCAAGAACUAUAUACAGAACAUGCAUAAAAAAUUUGAUGGUAAUCAGAACAUUUGUCUCCGAGCAAUCACUGCAGCAUAUACGAAAAAGGUUGUUCCGAGAAAAAAGCGUUUAAAGAUAAACGAUAAAGCUGACGUGGACUACGCGGCUACAUUUUGGCGGGCUGUAACUCAAACUAUUUUGGGAAUAUUCAUUAAAACUUUGAGUAUGUUUUUUUUAAAGGUAUAGACUAACGGAAUAUAAAAAAAAGAAACUUUUUUUUUUAUUUCACACUAGGUGUGCCCUUAGCGUUCGAAACGACAAUGCUAGGUCUAAUAAAUCCGAUUGUAUCUGAACGACGGUAUAGGUUAAGCUGACUAUAGCGGAACCUAUUCAUUAGCACUGAUCAGCUUAUUUAUAACCACGCGAUGGGUAUACCAUCUACCGUUAGAGUAGUAGACAAAUCUAUAAAGUUUUCAUUAUCUCUAUUCUAUAGCACAUGCGUUGAAAAUGGUCUCACUAAUCGCGGCUCUUAUAACAGAAGUCUUUAUACCGAGUUUUGAUCUUUGUAAAAAAUAUAUAAAGCAUGGUCUAAAUGUUAUUGUAAAGCUAUUGUGGUGGUUGUUGUUAUGCUAGUGACAUUUCCCAGCUCACAUUAAGGAUUUCAACGGAUUAGACAGGCCGAAAAAACCAACCAACUUUCGUGGAAACAGAAAACUAAAGAGUAGCUAAGUUUUAGUGACAUUAGUCCCUACUUUCAGCUAUACCUUGAAAACCAGCAUAUACCCAGAAAACCAACCAAACAGUGACUAGGGAUAGUUUAGGAUUUUUUGCGCGAAAACUCAUUUAAAAAAAAUCUCGAAUGAUCACGAAUUGAUAUUUUGUACCUAUACACAUUUAUUAAUAUUAAUAUUUGAGUAUGGAAAUGUCAUUCAUAUGACUCAUAACAUAGUUAUGAGCUUGGAAACACUUGAGAGCUUUUGUAUAGAUUCUUCUUCAAACUUUCAAGUUAAAAGACAUAACAAAGAGUUUAAGUAAAGAUAUAUGCGAUUUACAACAGGCUAAUGUCCAAGUACAGCCUUUGGAUGAUUUAGUUGAGAGGUUUAAGGCAUAUACUGCUGAUAUAUUCCAUAGCGACUCUUUCGAGUAAACCGUACUUGAAUAAUUGUUUUUAUGGUCGGAAAUUGGGGUUGAUCGAAAAAUAUACCUUUCUCAGAAAAUAAGAACCCUUUGAAUGAAUUAUUUUGAAGAAGAAAUUUGGGUCAAUCCAAAAGUUCACCAUUCUAAAAGUUCAUAUUAUAUGGAUUAUAAGCAGGGUUGCAAAUAAUGCAUUAAAAAAUAUUUAAUUAAGAUUUGAAUUAACAUUGGAAUUAAAUUUUUUUUUAAGUCCGCAUAACGGAUUAAAAUAUAUUUUAAAAAUAUUAAUCCGGUAUGUUGGAUUAAUUAUUUAUUUUUGAUUUUUAGUCCCAAAUACCCAACUGAAAAAUAAAAAAGAAAAAUUUUAUUCUUAAACAUAUAAUUAAGAAUUUAAAAAAGAAUUUGCUUUAGAAUUAACAUUUUUUUGUGUUUAUUCAAAUCAAAAAGUAAUAUUUUCAAGUUUAAAUUUUUACUCCCAAACAUCUUGAGUUAUUUUUUAAUCGCGAUGUUGGGAUUAAAAAUUAAAUUUUCAUUUUUUAAUGCAAAAUUUUUGAAUUAAUAAAUUCGCAACCCUGAUCAUAAGACAUUUCCAGGAAUAGGAACUCAUCUAUUUCUCACUGAAAAAUCCUAAUCGGUCUAUGAAAUUAAGCAAACAUACAUAAUUUUUGUUAUAAAAAAUCAUAAAAAAUGCUACUCUUCGGCAAGCUUUUGAAAGUUGUGUAGCGAACAAAAAACUGGCAUAAAUCAAAUAUGAUCUCAGAGAUAAAAUAGCUAGCGGUUAUAUUACUUUUAUACAUAUAAAAAGCUUGA